CACGUCUCUUAGUUCUCUUUCUCUCACUCUUUACUCUAAAUACAUUACCUCUAUUUUUUCCUCGCUGCUACACGAAAUCAGCUCUUGAAGGACCCAAAACAUCCAACCAAGCAAUAGCGCGGGAUCUAUAAGUUCAGUAAUAUAAACAGAGGAAAAGCAUACUUGGACACUUUCACCGAAAACAAAAUUCAAACAUGAGGAAAGGGUUCUUCUCCGGAGUGUUGAUGGGUAUUGCACUGCUCGCAACUACUACCAUAGUCAGAGCAGAUGAUGAUGAUGAUGAUGGCGUGCAUCCCCUCCGUACUCAUUCCAUUUACAUGCCAUACAUCGAUCAGGAUUUACAGAACCGUUGGUUUGACUUUGGAGGCGAUGCGCUUAUUAAUACGAACAAGCACGUCCGUCUCACUAGCGAUGUCCCCUCACAGACGGGAUAUCUAUGGAGUCGCCUUCCUAUUACAGCAGCCAACUUCCAGGUCGAAUUCGAGUUCAAGGUGGAUGGCAAGAGCGAUGGACUUUGUGGCGACGGUUUUGCAGUAUGGUUAACGAAGGAACAUGGAGAGAUGGGUCCUGUUUUUGGAAACCGUGAUAAUUUCGAGGGCGUGGGUAUUUUCUUUGAUACCUAUGCCAAUUCUCGACAAGCACACUCGUUCCCAUUUGUGAUGGCCAUGGUUGGUGAUGGCCGAACGAGCUAUGACAAUGCGAAUGACGGUCAACCUAAUAAUGUUGGAUCAUGCGAAGUGGAUUUUAGACGUAAGGAUAUUCCUACCAAAGGCAGGAUCACAUACUAUCGUGAGAGCGGCACCCUUACUUUCCAAAUUCAGACUGUCGCAUGGGACCAGUGGGAUCCCUGCUUCACAUUGUACGACGUCAAAUUGCCUCCACUCUCGUAUCUUGGCUUCACAGCUGUCACGGGAGAAGUUCAUGAUAAUCACGACAUUAUCUCUGUUACGACCAGUACUAUGGCAAAGGCUGGUUAUUCACAGAAGCAAGCAAACAAUAAUACGCCUCCUCCUCAGAAAAAGACUGGCGUGAUGUGGUAUCUCAAGUUCUUGGCGGCUUGUGGUGUCUUUGUUGCUCUGAUCAUGGCCUUUAAACUGUCCAAAAACAGCAAUGGCGGUAGUAAGCAUUUCUAAACAAACACAAAAGGUGUCUUUUUGGGACAAAUUCGACCACAGCAAAAUCAAUUUCAUUCAGUUGAAUUAGUUGAAAUAAAAUUUUUUAUAUUUUUCUUU